AUGGCUCAGUCGCCGAUGCUAUCAUGUCCGUUGAAGCAGACCAACGAGAUUGAUUGGAUCCAGCCCCUCAAGGAUUACAUUCGACAGAGCAAUGGCGAGGAUCCCGAGCGAUACAACCAAGAAUGCGCGACUCUCAACCGACUUCGCCAGGACAUGAGGGGCGUAGGGAAAGACAGCGCUAUCGGUCGUGAUCUGUUGUAUCGAUACUACAGUCAGUUAGAGCUGCUGGACCUCAGAUUCCCCAUCGAUGACAACCACAUCAAGAUCUCUUUCACAUGGUACGAUGCUUUCACUCAUGCGUCUACUUCUCAAUUCUCCCUAGCCUUCGAAAAGGCAUCCAUUAUCUUUAACAUCUCCGCCAUCCUGUGUUGCCAUGCUGCCAACCAGAGCCGGGCCGACGAUACCGGUCUCAAGACCGCCUAUCACUCUUUCCAGGCAUCCGCCGGAAUGUUUACAUAUAUUAAUAAGAACUUCUUACAUCCGCCAUCAACCGACCUGAAAGAGGACACCAUCAAGACACUGAUAAAUGUCACACUAGCUCAAGCCCAAGAGGUGUUUUUUGAGAAACAAGUGGCAGACCAGAGGAAGCCUGGGCUUUUGGCCAAGCUGGCUGGACAGGCAGCGUACCUCUACUCGCAGGCUGCGGAGAUAAUGCAAAAUUUCGUGGAAAAGAAUGUGUUUGACAAGGUCUGGACGGUUGUUGUGCAGACCAAAGCAGCACAUAUGGGAUCAGUAGCAUCAUAUUAUCAGGCGGUUGCGGACAGUGAGAGCGGAUCUUAUGGAAUUGCUAUUGCUCGUUUACAGAUGGCCGAUAAGCAGUCCGCCACUGCUCUAAGCUGGGCAAAGACAUUCCCCUCGUCGCCUCCAGCGACCUCCAGUCUGACGGCAGAGGCGGGUCCGAACCUCGUGGACCUCGUCAAGCAUAAUCAAACAAAUGUGCAAGCUUUACUUGCCACUAUGGUCAAAGACAAUGAUUUCAUCUAUCACCAACCGGUCCCUAAUGAGGCUGGUCUUUCACCAGUUGCAAGGGUUGCAGCUGCCAAGGCGAUACCGGUUAGCGAAUUAUACCAAGGACAAGAUAUUACGGAAAUCACUGGGCCAGACAUCUUCAAAAAACUAGUGCCUGAGAAGGUAACUCAGAUCGCCAGUAUUUACUCCGAAGAAAAGGACAAGUUGCUUCGAGCUGAGACUGAAAAGGCCGAGACUGCCAGGAGUGAGCUGGCCGCUAGCUUGCUCUCCCUCGACCUGCCAGGCUCUCUCGAUGUCUUGAAGGGUGGCAUGAACCAGGACAUGUCAGUGGACAGUGAGUUCCGUCGCUGGUGUUCAGAACUUGCUGGUCACAGUCCCUUCCGCAGGGCAUUCGACGAGUUGCAGGAGCGCAAGCUAGAAGUGCUAUCGCAAUUAGAUGAGUGCUCAAAGCAGCUAGAUCUAGAAGAGAGCGUGUGUGAGAAGAUGCGAUCAAAGUAUGGAGCAGAUUGGGGCCAGCAACCCAGCUCUCGACUCAAUACCACGCUUCGAGGGGAUGUCCGAUCUUAUCGAGAUACUAUCAACGAGGCCAGCGCAAGUGAUUCUCAGUUGUCUUCCACAUUUCGGCAGUAUGACAGCGAUUUUGAUGAGAUGCGGUCUGCUGGCGAAACGGAUGAGGCCGAUGUCCUCUUCCAGCGAGCAUUGAUCAAAGUCCGUUCGAAGCAUAGCAAGGGCAAGGACGGUGCCACUAGUCCGGCGGAAGGUACUCUGCUAGAUGAUGUGUAUGAUGAGGGUCGUGCCUCUGUUGCAGAGCAGAUUGCUAAAGUGGAGGUGAUUCUAAAGAAACUCAAUCUCGUGGACCGAGAGAGGUCUCAACUGCUCACAGAUCUCAAAGCGGCGAUCCACGCAGAUGACAUCACGGAAUUCUUGAUUCUAAACCUGAAGUCGAUUGUCGGCCAAGAAACCGAAUGCUUCAAAAAACAAUUGCCAAAGUUCCUGCCAUAUCAGAACAUACUUGUACAGGCGAAUCACAAACAAUCAUCUUUGAUAAAAGAACUCAACAAGCUAUACGAUGACCUUCGUCGAGAUAAAAGAGUUCAAUCCGAGAAGUUGAAGUGGGAGUCUAUAACAAGACAGCGCAAUUCCGUGCUAGCUCGAUACAAGAAGGUCUACGAAGCCUUCCAUGGGCUCUCGUCGGGUAUCAAGCAAGCACGGACUUUUUACAAGGAAAUGUGUGAAAAUGUCGACAGUCUCCGCAAGAAUGUCGAAACUUUCAUCAACAACCGCCGGUCAGAAGGUGCGCAGCUUCUCAGUCAGAUUGAGCGCGAAAAGGGUGUGGGCAACAGUGCAGACGGUCUCCGCAGGAAUCCCGACUCGUUCAACAACCGCGAUCAGUCCAGCGGUGUCUCAGAGCAAGAAGACCGCGAGCGAGAGAAGCUCCGCCAGCUGAUGGAGCGCCUAUCAACGGAACCUCCCUCCGCGGGAUCAACAAAACCGCCCUCAAAAGUCAAGUCACCACCCCCGGCGGUUCAAACACCGGCGUAUGGAACCACCGGUCCAUCCCCAAAGCCGUCACCUCGCUACCCUCCGACCUUGCCAGGCGUGUCCCACUCUCCAGCGCCCUACGGGCAGUACAUGGGAGGUGGUCCAGGAGCUUACCCGGCCCAGCAUUUCCAGCAAGGUGCCGCAGCUCCCCUAUCCGAUGGCUACAACCCCAUGGCAUAUCCUUACCAGACCCCCGUGUCCCCACCCCCGAAUCGGCAAUUUUUCUCUCAAACCCCGGUCCCGUACGGCAGCUACUCAAACUCCGGCACGCCGGCUCCUGGCGCUGGCCCUCAGCCCUCGCACUAUAUGGCUGCCCAGGGCUAUAUCCCGCCUCCGCCUCCUCCGCGUCCCCAGCAGACAACCUAUCCUCCUACAGCAGGUCCUACAUACGCCUCUGGUCCUGGUGGCUAUGCGCAGAGCAGACCGUACGGGCACCACAAGACCCCUUCGCAGUCGCAGCCACAGUCGCAGCCCGGCUCCUCCGCCGAUCCGUGGGCUGGUCUCAACGCCUGGAAAUAA